AGACAAAAAGCCAGGGCCAUCUCCCAAUUCCCUUUAAUUUCCUUUUUGGUUGCACUUAAAGGGGAGGUGUGCAUUCGGGAUGGGGAGGAGGGAAAAGGGGGAGGGGAGUUUUCCCAACUGUUUCUUCCCCCUGAAGGAGGCGGAAAGUUGCACAGGGACGGCGGCGGCGCUGCAGAAUCUCCCCGGUACCAGCCUGGAUGGAGCAGGUACAGGUGAGGGAUUCCUUUGUGGAGCAGCAGGAGGGGAUGCCAGCGGCCAGGAGUGGCUGCCGGGUGCAAUGCCCGAGGAUGAGUAGGGGACUCGCGUGCCAAUGGGGGGGGGCAGGCGGGGGGGGAGAGGGAGGGACAAAGGGACCCCGAGUCAACCCAGAGGCGCAGGGCGGAGGGCUUGCAGCACGAGCACCGCCGAUGGCGCUCCCCGCGGCCCCCUGGCCAGCGGCGGGUCCCCUGCCCUCCACCUUUGGCCAUGCUCGCCCAGCUCCGGGCUAUUGUUCUCUCCGCCAAGAAGCCGGACUCGUUCAGGGAGGAGGACGAGCGGGAUCUGUUCGGAGAUCGCAGCGGGGUGGGGGGGGAGAGAUCUAGACGGGGUUGGGACGCUUUUGGCUGGCAGCCAGGAUGCCCGGGAGGGAGGGGGCCGGUGAAAUUUGGAGCGCAGGCGGCUGGGUGCCAGUCUUGGAGGGAGUGGGGCGGGUUAAGAGCCCCGGAGGGGAACUCGGGAGCCGGGACGCUAGGCUGGGCUCUUUGAUUGGUUCAGAGGCUCCAUCGAAAGGGGCCUAGGAGGUAAGAAAGCAAGAUUUGGGGCAGGUGGGGGGGUGCUAGGGUCAAGGAUGGCAUUUUCUGGGCCAGGCCGAGAGCUCAUCCAUCCGGAGGGGCUGGAUAAAGAUGAUGGUGGUCCUCCCGUUUCUUGUUUACCCCCCACCCGCACCUCUGAUUCAGAGGUAAACAGCCUUUUCACAUGGAGUUUCCCUGCAGUGAUCCUGGGUUGUCUGGGAAGGGAGCAGCAGACUUGGAAUUGGGAUGCUUCGGAUGAGCAUUGAAAACAGUGAAGUCCAGCCAGUCAGCUUGGUGGUCAGGAUGCCUGGGUUCCUUGGGCGAGGAUUUAAACCAGGGAAAGAUUUGGGUUAGAGCUAAGAGCUGAACAAGUUAUCUGGGAAGUUCAGGACACACUCGCUGUGGGGGAGACUUCUGCAUCCUUGGGUGUAGAGCAGGGGUAGGCAACCUAAGGCCCGUUGGGCCAGAUGUGGCCCAGUCGCCUUCUCAAUCCGGUCCACAGAUGGUCCGGGAAUCAGCGUGUUUUUACAUGGGUAGAAUGUGUCCUUUUACUUAAAAUGCAUCUCUGGGUUAUUUGUGGGGCAUAGGAAUUCGUUCAGUCCCCCCCCCCAAAAAAAAUAUAAUCCAGCCCACCACAUGGUCUAAGGGACUGUGGACCAGCUCAUGGCUGAAAAAGGUUGCUGACCCCUGGUGAGGUCUGAUUUAAGCUGGGGAUACCAUGCUUGUUUAUUCAUUUAAAGUAUUUGUACCCAACUCAGGCACAUUAAAACACAUUGUAAAGGCUUCGUAGUAAGUUCUGCUUUUAGCUGAAAUUCAAUGGGAACUAUGCUAGAAAAUUCUGGGAGAUGAUUAAUACAGAAUUAAAAAAGAUCCUUAAGAUCACAUUUCCCAAAAGACCUGAGGCCUUUCUAUUAGGAUAUCCUGAAAAAGGCACUCGAUCUCUUUUUAAACGCAACCACCGCAGCUAAAGUGGUAUAUGUGAAGAAAUGGAAAGAAAAAAAGAUUCCCACGAAAGAAAUAUGGUAGAAUAAAUUGAUAGAAUACACAGAAUUAGUAACUAUGACCGCAAAACUAAGAAAUAAGGAUGAGUCACAGAUAAGAGAUGAGUGGAAAUGUUUUGAAAAAUAUCUCAGAGGGUAUAAUAGUCAGUUUAACCUACAAGUAGAAAUGAACAUAAGAGCAGCAGAUAACAUUAAAUAAGGGAAGAUUUGUGACAAAAAUGGGUGGAAUAAUAGAUUAUGCAGCCGACAAAAUACUACCUAGAAUGCCAUGGAGAGUUAGACUGGGAAGUCCAAGGAUAAGAAAUAAUUAUGAAUAUUUUAUGGUGUAUAUAUAAGUUGUAAAACUGCAUAAACAAAGAGAAAGAAAGAAAGAUUCAAUAGGAUCACACAAGAGCGAACCUUUCUGUGGCCACAUGGAGUCUGGGGAAUUGUCUGCCCAAGGAGACCCUUCUGGUGUUUCCUCUGAUAAUUUUUUGCCAUUGCUUUAAGACAGAUCAGUUCCAGCUGACAUUUGUUUAAUUGGAGGGUUUUUAUUUCCUUCAGUAUUUUAACUGCUGCUGUCUUGUUUUCAUAUUGUUCUCAACUGACCAGCUUAACUUGGUUACAUUGAUGUUGCUUUUAUAUUUUGCUUUUAGCCUUGCUGGGCAUUCUUAGAUAGAAAGGCUGAGUAGAAAUUUACUUAAAUGAAAGCGGCAUGUGGGCUUGGGUUAGGGAAGGGAGGUGAAUUACAUUCGCAGCCCCCCAUUCCCUGAUUCCUUCAGGAUUUAGCCGAAUCAUCUCCUUCCUCUUCAGCCUUCUAAAAGCAAUAGGUAAGGAAACCAGGCCUCUACUGCUCCCUGUGUAAUUCAAGCUCUGGCUAUUUGAUCUGCCCACCCUACCCGCUCUGUUUACAUCUCUGCCUUUCCUGCUAUUUCCAGGGGAAGAUGCUGUGAAGCAGGCAUUCUGCUGGUGUGGACUCGCCAAUGGAAAUCCAGCUGGUUAGAGUGAAAGAAGAGGCAACUCCAGGAUUGCCCCCUGUCUGCCCGCUGUGCCAGGAGGAGCUGCCGAGUCUUGCUGGGCCCAAAGGGCAGGCUCUACAAUGCCAGGGCUGCAAAAACCUCUUGGUCGAGCCCCGGGGAUGGUUGCCUGGCAACCAAGAGGCCCUGUCCUUCCUUGCUGAGAGGCCUUACAGCUGCUCCUUCUGCCCCAAGCGCUUCAAGAGGGCCUCAGACCGACGCGACCAUGAGCGGGUACAUACAGGCGAAAGGCCGUAUGGCUGUGGCAUCUGUGGCAAGCGUUUUACUCAGAGCUCAGUGCUCUCUGGCCACAUGCGCAUUCAUACUGGCGAGCGGCCCUUCCGCUGCGGCGUCUGCUUUAAGUCGUUCAACAACGGCUCCAACUUCCGCAAGCACCAGCGCAUCCACGGGCAACCGUUUGGCUACGGCAACAAGGCAGGCGACGGGAAGGACUGCGCCUUCCUACCUGAGAAGAAGUUGAGCCAGCUGGUGGAAAGACAAGGUGGCUACAGUAUAAGCCCUGGCCUGCUGCCCAGACAAAAUGGCUGCCAGGUCGUCAAAGAACUGAGGGAAGGCGAGAACAAGAGAGGCCAUGACCCCAACAGCCCUUAUGUGAACGGCUUUAGCCAGGAUAGUGGCCUGAGGCAACCUGGCGAUGAUGUGGACCAUUUCAGGCAAAUUAGACUAAGGGGAGAUAAUGCUAGUUGUGGCCCUAACCAUGAACUGAGGCAAAGUGGCCAUUCUAAGGGUCUAAGGCAGGCAAGUGAUAGCAAAGGUGGACUGAGGGGAAAUGGUGGCACCGGCCAGGGACCGAUGCAAAAUGGCCACAGUUUCAGACGCCAAAAGUACGUUGGUGGUGAAAAUCCCACUAUAGGCCUGAGGCAAAAUAGAGCAGAGGGAAGCCACAUUCAGGGAGAACAGAAGCAUCAUGUCGGCAGCCACAAUGGCAAGCUACUGUUAGACGACGGCAGUUGUGGGAAAGGCCUUUUGGAAGCUGGUAGCCACAAGCUGAGUCAAGAGAGUGGAGUUGUGGGCUGUUUAGUAAGGAGAACAAAUGAAGACUACCUCAAGGGCCCAAAGCAUAGUAGUGGGGAGAGCAUUGGUGCCCACAUAAAGCAGAAUGGCAGAGGGGAAUGCCCUGUCAGCGCACUGAAUCCAAGCAGGCGCCUCAGCACCUCAGCGCCAAGACAAAAUGGCCACCAUGGAAUCGCUGCCCAUGACCUCAGACAAAAUGGUGCUGGCCACUUCAGAUUGCUGAGGCAAGAUGGCAGCAGCAACAAGCAGAAAGAGGUGGCAUUUCAAGCGUGUGCCCCAGGGAAGAUUAAUGCUCUCACAGCAAAAGUGUCUGUCUGGUCCUGUCCUGAUUGGGAAGAGACCGAUUUGGAGACAAGAAGAGAAAGGGGGGAAUUUGAAGGAUGCUCUCCCUUGGACAUGCCUGCUGGUGUAUCUCCCUGGGAACUGGAGAGCCCUGAGCCAUGUUCUCUGCCUUACGAUAUUUCCACAUCUCCUGGACAUGGCUCCUUACAAGAGGAGUUUAGAAGCACCGCUCAGCACUGGGAAGAGGGGGGUUCUGCACCUUGCUUUCCUUUCCAAGAUCCCGAGCCUUAUGAUCAGCCCUCCCAGUCAGCAUUCGAUUCCAAGCCUUUCCUCUGCUUUGCAUGCCCCAAGCAGUUCCGUCGUGCCACAGAUCUGAAGGAGCACCUGCGGGUGCACACGGGCGAACGGCCCUUUGGGUGUGCUGUCUGUGGCAAGAGGUUCACACAGAGCUCAGCCCUGGCCACUCACCGGAGACUGCACACUGGGGAGAAGCCCUUUGAAUGUGCCGUGUGUUGCCGGCGCUUCAACAACUCUUCCAAUUUUGCCAAGCAUCGCCGGCUUCAUGGGCAGGAGGGUGCUGGGCCUGGUGGUAAAGGGGUGGCGAAAGACCAAUGGAGUACCAAGUCACAGUGACUCUUGAGGAGGGAGAUGACACGCUAGCUGUUGGCAGAGCUGCGCGUAUUUCUGCACCGUUGCAACAGUAGAUGCUGAUUUCAGCGUCUUUGAGAAUCUCAUUUUUAACUUUGUAGAAACAGCAAGCUUCUAGCCGAGGCUUCCUCAGCCUCAGCCCUUCAGAUGUUUUUGGCUUACAACUCCCAUGCUCCCUAGCUAGCAGGCCCAGUGGUCAGGGAUGAGGGGAAUUGUAGUCUCAAAACAUCUGGAGGGUUGAGGUUGAGGAAGCCUGUUCUAGACCCAAAAGUGUGUUUUGGAUAGAAUGCCAAACGAUGGUUCUACGUUUCAUGAGCAAGCCUUGGCUGUGGGUUACUUACCCCCUCUUCUUGUUCUUUCUGGUUCUUUGCAAAUAAGAGAUUUUCUGCAAACUAGACCUAGAGAUUAUAAUCAAACCAUGGUUUCUAAUUCUGGCUUGCAAGUAAAAUAUGGUUGAUUUAAUCAAAGUUAACAAAGUACAGGAGGAAAUUGGAGCAAGGGGGUGGGGAGGGAGCAGUCGGUAGUGCAGUUACUCAGGAAAGGGUAUUUUAUGCAGCAACGCUCUAUGUGGAACUCUCCCCCAUGGGAUAUUUGUUUGGUCCCUACAGGAGAAAUCUUUUAACAUAAAUUGAAAACACUUUUAUUUACCCAGGCUUUAGGGUCAAACUUGAGUUUUGCAAUUCUCAAGGUAGUAUUCUGCUGUUGCUGCUGCCGCCGCCAGCAAUAUUUGUUUUAUUUGUAGCUUUAGGCCAUCCUGUGCUCCUAUUGGAAGGCUGAGGUACAACAAUGAUGUAUUAAUAAGUCUAAAGGCUCGAUUAUAUAAAGUGUGGUUUGGCAUUCCAUCUAAAUGUAGCCAUAGGCUUGAGGGCUAGGAUCUUGCAGCUCUUUUUGUUUGUUUGUUUGCAAUUACCUGUGAACCAAAUCUUACUACUUUUCUUGGUUUGGGCAUUACAUCUGAACCAAACUAAUGAAGAGAGAGGCCUAAAGUGCAUGGCUAACGGUCGGUAACAUUUCUGAAAUUGAGGCAAGGAGUAGCUGAGCACUUCUAGAAACCAGUGCCUUGUACAGGUGUCUGCCCCUUCCCACUGCUAGCAGAAGAAAAAUGGUAUUAUAUGAAAUAAGCAAGUUAUCAUUUACUUCAUUUGUGUAACUGUACACAAUUGCUAGAGUGCAGAUGGUUUGGGCUGUAAUCCUAUAUCCGUUUUCUUGGAAGAGAGCCCAAUGAACUCAUUAGACUUACUUCUGAGUAGACAUAGGAUUGUACUAAUGGAUACCAACACUAGGUAUACUGAUGCAGUAUUGGGUUGUUGUUGCUUUUUUAAAAAAGCAGAUGCAUGGUCCUGCUCAUAGCGAUCAUAACCCACAAUUUCUAAUGUGUGUUUUUACCCUCAGGAGGGCAAAUCUGAAAUGAUUUUUUAAAAUGUAUUUGAAAAGAGCUAUAAGUAAAUAAAGAGGAUGAAAAUCAAGAUUUGUUCAUGUUACAACAAGUUGGAGAAAAGGUCUUUAGAAGAAAGGUCCCCCAGUCUUGUAAAAGUUGUAAGCAGAAAUCCAAAGGUAGAAAUAAAAGCUUCUGAAAAGUUGUAGCCAC